CCGAUCUGAAGUGAGCGACGGAGGAAGCCAGCGAAGUGCUACUGUCUGGACUUCAUUUGAGUAGCUUUUAAAACCAAUUUCCAGAUAUGGCAGCAAUUAGAAAAAAGCUGGUCAUAGUGGGAGAUGGAGCCUGUGGGAAGACCUGCCUGCUCAUUGUGUUUAGUAAGGACCAAUUCCCAGAGGUCUAUGUACCCACGGUCUUUGAGAACUACGUUGCUGAUAUCGAGGUGGAUUGUAAACAGGUUGAGCUGGCGCUUUGGGAUACAGCAGGUCAAGAGGACUAUGACAGACUGCGUCCACUCUCUUAUCCAGAUACUGAUGUCAUUCUCAUGUGUUUCUCCAUUGAUAGCCCUGACAGUCUUGAGAACAUCCCAGAGAAGUGGACUCCGGAAGUCAAACAUUUCUGCCCUAACGUACCCAUCAUCUUGGUGGGGAACAAAAAGGAUCUGCGUAAUGAUGAGCACACCCGCAGGGAGCUUGCCAAAAUGAAACAGGAACCAGUGAAACCAGAGGAGGGACGCGAUAUGGCCAACAGGAUCAGUGCCUUUGGAUACAUGGAGUGCUCUGCAAAAACAAAGGAUGGCGUGAGGGAAGUGUUUGAGAUGGCCACCAGGGCCGCACUACAGGCCCGGCGGGGAAAGAAGAGCAGUAAAUGUCUCCUACUGUAAAAGGAGGCACGAGGACUGCUUCCUACAAGGGGGCGAGGGGGAGGAAGGAAUAUUAGGUCAACCGACCCCCACCCCAAGUGCAUCCACACAAAAGACUGAGCUCACCAGUUUUUACUAAAGCUGUAACGCUUUUACUUCUCUGUCUUAAAGCAAAAGUAGUCAGGUUUUUGUCAGUAUUCCAUUUCGAGGUUAUGUAAAAUGCUUUGUUUUGUACUUUAACAUGAGUAAAAUCCGCCAUAUUGACACCUCCCUUAUCCAUAUAUACAAUGUAAUCCAGAAGGUCAGCCAGGGGACCGUUCGUGUCGUACCUGCCAACUAUACUAAGUGCAUAAGCCCUGUCUGCUGAUCUGAGGAAUGUUUCCACAGCCAGCUGCGGUGGGGUACCUGUACACUGUGACCUGUAGUCCUGAAAUUAUUUGAAGAAACCAUCCUGCACAUGAAGUUGAAAUCGUUUUAUGUGCUUCAUGUUAAAAACCCGACGUGCAUUAUGAUCUCAUGCACGAUCUGGAAAGACUGGAAACUCAUUUUGAUAAACUACAAAUAGAAACUUGGUGUUUUUGUGUAAUAAAUUACUUUGUAAGAAUCUUCAUAAGUUGCAUCACAUGCUUUCG